UGGCUAAAGUAAAGAGGCCAAAACGUACUUCAUCACUCUCUCCCACUUCCACUGGUCUCUCCACAUCACAGAAAUGAAAAUGGUUCAUCUCUUCUAUCUCUCUUCCUUCUUCAUCCUUCUCAUUUUCAACUUCUCCGGCGCCGGCGCCGGAGGCGCCACAGUGCCGCCUGAUCAAUGCCUAAAGCUCCGUCUUCUCCGCCGUGAAAACUCUCCUUCUCUUUCUGACACUCUCUUCUCCGACUUACUCCGUCUAUCCAAACUCAACCAUCCCCGCAACCCACAACUCCCCCUGACCUCCGGCGCUUCCGCCGGAGUAGGUCAGUACUUUGUUGAUCUUCAUGUCGGAUCCCCACCGCAAAGACUUCUCCUUGUGGCGGAUACCGGCAGCGACCUCGUUUGGGUCCGAUGUUCUGCUUGUCGAAAUUGCUCUGCUCGACCAUCUGGAUCGGCUUUCCUUGCUCGACAUUCUGAAUCUUUCAAACUUCACCAUUGUUAUGAUAAAGAAUGUCAACUUGCUCCCCGCCCAAUUGAUGCCGUCUGUAAUCACACGCGCCUCCAUAGCCCUUGCCAGUUUGAUUACUCUUACGUUGAUGGAUCAAGAACAUCCGGAUUGUUCUCGUCGGAAGAAAUGACGUUUAAUACAACCUCCGGCAGAUUAACAAAACACGAUGGCCUUUCGUUUGGUUGCGCAUUUCAGGUUGCCGGACCUAGUCUUACUGGCCGGAGCUUUAACGGAGCAAAUGGCGUAAUGGGUCUUGGCCGUGGACCCAUUUCAUUUGUUUCACAACUUGGAAAAAACUUUGGCCAUAAAUUCUCCUAUUGUUUAAUGGAUUAUACUCUAUCUCCACCUCCGACAAGUUUUCUACAGAUCGGUGGCUCCUUAAACAAUACCGUUGAACAAUCAAGAAUUAAUUACACUCCAUUACUCGUCAAUGUUUUAUCUCCAACAUUUUACUAUAUUGGGAUCCAAAGUGUGACCGUCGGCGGUACCAGAUUACAGAUAAACCCAUCGAUUUGGUCAAUAGAUGAAUCGGGCAAUGGAGGGACAGUAGUGGAUUCGGGUACGACUCUAACGUUUUUAGCCGAGCCUGGUUACCGUCAGAUUCUAGCGGCAUUCAGGCGGCGAAUUAAGUUCCCGAGUCCGGCCGAGUUGACACCAGGGUUUGAUCUAUGUAUAAACAUCUCCGGCGUGUCGAAACCGAGUCUACCCAGACUGAGUUUCAAACUCGGUGGCGGGUCAGUUCUGUCUCCGCCGCCGAGGAACUAUUUUAUUGAUACGGCUGAUGGUGUGAAAUGUUUGGCAUUACAGCCGGUGAAUUCUCCGACGGGUUUGUCAGUGAUUGGGAAUCUAAUGCAACAAGGGUUCUUGUUUGAGUUUGAUAAGGAUCGGUCACAACUCGGGUUUACUCGGCACAGUUGUUCGUUAUAGGAUUGACUCACUGAGUCGGAAUGUGGAUUUUAAAAAAUUGCUAUUCAAGUACAGUGAUUUGUGAAUUGUGGUUUCCCUUUUUUAUUUUAUCUUCAAUUUUAUUUGGGUCGGGGAGGGGAUCAAGAUGAUUGAUAUUCAUAUGGGUUUGUUUGUGCAUUCUCACUUGGACCCUUUUUUAAGGGGGGAAAAAGACAAGUGUAUUUUUUUUUUCAUUCUACUUAUUUUUAAAUAAUACAAGUUAAUUAUUAUUUUUUU